CAGCUCGCAGCGGUUUGACAGCGGAGGCUUUCGCUCCGAAUAAACUCUGAUUUUUCGGGAUUUGAAACGAUUUCAUUUUUUUACCGGACAGUUUGCUGUUGUUGCUGUUGUUGUUGUUGUUGUUUUCACCAGCCGGGAGUCUUCCAGGAGAAACAGAGCCAACAUGGCAGACCCUGCUGCUCAGAGCCGCUCAGCCUAUGAGCGUCUGACGGCCGAGCAGAUGGACGAGCAGCGGAUCCAGAAUGUGGCCUACCAGUACCUGUGUAGGCUGGAGGAGGCCAAGAGGUGGAUGGAGGCGUGUCUGGAUGAGGAGCUCCCUGCUCCCACUGAGCUGGAGGAGGCGUUGAGGAACGGCGUCCUGCUGGCCAAACUGGGCCACCGCUUCUGCCCGCGCUCCGUCCCGCUCAGGAAGAUCUACGACGCGGACCAGCAGCGCUACCGGGCGGUGGGAUUACAGUUCCGUCACACCGACAACAUCAGCCACUGGAGGAGCGCCCUGCUGGAGCUGGGACUGCCUGCGAUUUUCCAUCCAGAGACGACCGACAUUUACGACAAGAAGAACAUGCCGAGAGCCGUGUACUGCAUCCACGCACUGAGUUUGUUUCUCUUCAGGUUGGGUUUGGCUCCUCAGAUCCACGACCUUUAUGGAAAGGUCAAGUUCACAGAGGAGGAGAUCAACCACAUGAAGCUGGAGUUGGACAAAUACGGCAUCCAGAUGCCGGCCUUCAAUAAGAUCGGCGGCAUCCUGGCCAAUGAGCUGUCAGUGGACGAGGCCGCCGUCCACGCGGCCGUGAUCGCCAUCAACGAGGCGGUGGACAGAGGUCACGUGGAGGUCACCGCCGCCGCCCUGAGGAACCCCAACGCGCGGCUGAGCGCCCUGCAGGAGGCGCUGGUGGGCGUGUACCAGGAGCUGCUGCAGCACGCCAGGAGACGCAAGGCGCAGCUGGCAGCCGGCAGGGCCGCCGGCUCCGACGAGAAGGACAUUUACGAGGAGUAUCUGACUCAGAAAGAGAUUCAAGACAACAUCAACAUCGUUAACGUGCGCUCGGCAGUGGAGCAGGUGGACGAGGCUCUGGACGGCGGGGACGAGCUCGCUCUGCUCUCAGCGCUGCAGCUGCCCUGUUUGGCCCUCAGGGGCCUCCGUACCGACAACGGCCCCUGGUACCUGGACCAGCUGGCAGCCGACCGCCAGCAGAAAGCCCUGGACCUGGGCUCCGUCGACCCGCUGGAGCCGGACGAGCUCCAGGAGGGCGUCGCCGCCGCCAACCAGGACGCACAGAGCAGCAGGGACAUGCAGGAGGCGGUGCGGCGGCUGAACGAGGCGUUGCGGCGAGGCGACGCCCGGCAGACGCUCGGCUGCCUGAUGAGCCGUGAGCUGCAGCUUCCGGACGUCUUCCCCUUCGCCGCGGCGCUCUACCAGAGCGAGCUGCUGCUGCUGCAGCGCCGCACGCCGCAGGGGGCGCUGCAGCAGGAGGAGCUGUUUGUUGCCGUGGAGAUGCUCUCGGCUGUUGCCCUUAUCAACCAAGCGUUGGAGGCGGGGCAUCAGGAGACGUUCAGCUCCUCAUUGGUCAGUUCAUCUGCAGGGCUGACGGACAUCGACAUCGGCCUGCUGGAGAGGUACUUCGAGGCGCUGUGUGAUGUGAAGCGGCAGGCAGGCAGAGAUCUGCUGACUUGGAAUCAGCUGCAGGCUGGAAUCAACUCCGUCAACGGUGUUGUGCAGGAAGAGCAUCAACAGAUCAGGACCAUCGGGCUGAUCAACGAGGCUCUGAGCCUGGGGGACCCUCAGCGGCUGCUGGCCGUCCUGCUGCUGCCCUCUAGUGGCCUGGAGGACGUUCUCCCCGCCAACGCUCGCCGCUACCACGACCUGCUGAGCCGAGCCCAGAGGCACAAAGCCGAGGUGAGCAGAGACCCGGGAGCUGAGCUGUGGUUGGCUGACAUCCAGGAGGGAGUGAAGCGAGCCAAUCAGCAGAGCCAGAGGGCUCUGAAGUUGUCCCUGGCCCUGGCGGCGGUGACCCAGGCAGUGAAGGAGGGCCGGAUGCAGCAGACCCUCAGAGUCCUCUCUCUGCCAGAGGUGGCGCUGCAGAGCCUGAUGUCCGACUGCGCCUCAGACUACCAGAGCGAACUGAGCGCGCUCCUCAGAGCCAAGGCCGAGCGAGGAGAUAACAGGAGUCCGUGGGUCCGGGUCCGGCAGGAGGACGGGACGUCCUACUUCUUCAACCUGUCUAAACUGGAGGGCAGCUGGGAGCGCCCGCCGGCCUUCGUCCACAACAGCGUCUUCCUCGACCGGCAGGAGAUCCAGGAGGUGGUCAGCGGCGUGUCGGGCUCGUUCUGUCGCAGCCUGCAGUGGCGCAGCAGCGAGGCUCUGCUGGUGCGGCUUCAGGCUCGCAGUCGAGGUUUCCUGGUCCGGCGGAAGCUGGAAGCUCGACGCCGCUUCCUCCAGACCCAGAUCCCCGCCAUCAUCACCAUCCAGUCCCAUUGGAGAAGGUUUGUCCAGCAGAGGGCGUACAGACGGAGACUGCAGUUCCUCUACCAGAACUGGAGAAGUGUGGUGAAGAUCCAGGCCUUCGUGAAGAUGUGGCUGGCGAGGAGAAAGUACCGAGCUCGCCUGAACUUCUUCCGACGAAACGUGGGCGCCAUCAUAAGGAUCCAGGCUUUCUUCAGAGCCAACCGGGCACGAGAGGAGUACAGGAUGUUGGUCCACUCCACCACGCCGCCCCUGUCAGUGGUCAGGAAGUUCGUCCACCUGUUGGAUUUGGGCGACGCCGACAUCCGGCAGGAGGCGGAGCUUCUGCGUCUCAGGGAGGAGGUGGUGAGGAGCAUCCGGGCCAACCAGCAGCUGGAGGCGGACCUCGACCUGAUGGACCUGAAGAUCGGCCUGCUGGUCCGCAACCGCGCCACGCUGCAGGAGGCGGUCUCUCACUGUAAGAAACUGACGAAGAAGAACAAGGAGCAGCUCUCCGGCAUGAUGAACCUGGAGAGGAGCAAAGGCCUGAAGGCUCUGAGCAAGGAGCGACGAGAGCGGCUGGAGGCCUACCAGCACCUGUUCUACCUGCUGCAGACCCAGCCCCUGUACCUGGCCCAGCUGAUCUUCCUGAUGCCUCAGAGUCGCUCCACCAGCUUCAUGGAGAUGUUGGUGUUCAGUGUGUUUAACUACGGCUCCGACUGCAGGGAGGCCUUCCUGCUGCUGCAGCUGUUCACUGAGGCGCUGCGACACGAGAUCAGGCAGAAGGUGCAGCGGCCGCAGGAUGUCGUCACCGGGAACCCGACAGUCAUCAAGAUGCUGGUGAGUUUCUACCGUCACGCCCGCGGGCAGAACGCCCUGCGGGGGGCGCUGGGCCCCGCCCUGCAGGACAUCCUGCUGGACCGCAGCCUCAGCAUCCGGACCGACCCGCUGGAGGUCUACAAGAGCUGGAUCAACCAGACAGAGAGCCAGACCGGACACAAGAGCUCUCUGCCCUACGAGGUGAGUCCUGAGGAGGCUCUGUCCCACCCUGAGGUGCAGCGCCGCCUCGACAUCGCCAUCGUCAACCUGAAGAACCUGACCGACCGAGUCCUCAACGCCAUCACCUCCAACCUGCACAAGCUGCCGUAUGGAUUACGCUACACCGCCAAGGUGCUGCGAGAUGCUCUGAAGGCCAAGUUCCCUGCAGCCAGCGAGGACGAGCUCUACAAGAUCGUAGGGAAUCUGGUCUACUAUCGCUACAUGAACCCGGCCGUCGUGGCUCCGGAUGGCUUCGACGUGGUCGACUUCUCCGCCGGUUCCACCUUGUUGCCGGAGCAACGCCGCGUCCUCGGCUCCAUCGCCCGCAUGCUGCAGCACGCCGCUGCCAACAAGCAUUUCCAUGGCGACGGUUACCACCUCCGAGCCCUCAACGACUACAUCAGCCAAACACACGCCAAGUUCAGGAAGUUCCUGCGCGCCGUGUGUGAUGUGCCGGAGCCAGAGGAGCGUUUCGACAUGGAUGAAUACUCUGAGCUGGUCAUCGUCAACAGACCCGUCAUCUACAUCUCCAUCAGCGAGCUGCUCAACACACACAAGCUGCUGCUGGAGCAUCAGGACGUUUUGUGCCCGGACCCUUCAGACCCACUGAGGCUCCUGCUGAGCGACCUGGGCCGAGCCCCCGGCCUUCACGAGCUACUGGGAGACGCAGCGGCAGAUCCCGGAUCAGAGGCCAGUAAGACGGAGGUUUCUCUGACGCUCACCAGCAAGUUCGACAUGUUCAGGGACUCAGACGAGCAGCAGGACGCCAGAGGACUGCUGCUCAGCACAAAGCAGCUGAUCAUCGAUGUGAUCCGGACUCAGCCGGGCGACACGCUGAGCGAGGUGCUGAGGGCAUCGACCUCACACCACCAGGAGGCGCAGCAUGAUUGGCUCAUGCAGCGGCGCGCCCGGCAGGACGCUCGCACGCCAGAUAAGAUGAAGAGGAACCAGUCGCUGGUCGCCGACGGCAACCUGAGUCUGGAGGAGAAGAAGAGGAAGAUCGUGAGGAGCCUGCGGCGCCUGGAGGGGAUGGGCGUCCUGAGCCCCGCCCACUCCGACACACAGAUCCUGCAGAUGAUUGCCAAGGACAUCCGUUACCAGCGGCUGCAUCGUCAGCGCCGGGGGGCGGAGCUUGUUAAGCUCCGUCAGACGCUCGGCAGCCUCCAGGCCAAGAGCAGCUUCCACAGCGAGCAGAUCGACUUCUACAGACAUUACAUCACUUCCUGUCUGGACAGCCUCACCAGCAAGGCGACCAAUAAGAAGACGGCAGAGAGCAAAGGGAAGAGGAAGCCGCCCACUCUGACCUACAGCGCCGCCCGGCUGCUGGAGAAGGGAGUGCUGCUGGAGAUAGAGGACCUGCCUGUCACACAGUUUAAGAACGUCAUCUUUGACAUCGUUCCUGGACAGGAAAGAGGGAGUUUCCAUGUCAAAGCUCGCUUCCUGGGUGUCGACAUGGAGCAAUUCCCCCUCAAAUACCAGGACCUGCUGCAGCUGCAAUACGAGGGCGUGGCGGUGAUGAAGAUGUUUGACAAGGCGAAGGUCAACGUCAAUCUCCUCAUCUUCCUCCUCAACAAGAAGUUCUUCAAAAAAUGAACAGAGUGACGGGUCUUUUUAACACUCCUAUCUCUGCAUAUAUUUCCCUCUGCACUGUGCAGAGUGAAGCGUCUUCCUGCACUCCUAUCUCUGCUCAUAUUAGCACUAACACUCUGAUGAGGAGGUUUUCUAACCCCGUUCUCUUCACUGUCCCGCUUCUUUUGGGGAUUUCAAACGACUUUAAAGGGAAAUGCCAAUUAAAAUCUGUCCCAGGAUCAGUGCUGGCAGCUUUGGGAGCGGGUUUGCAGUAUCCAAAAGUACCAUAAAAAAAAAAGUGGGUACUGUGGGUACAUUGGGUUGAUGAGUAGGACCUCUCGGUCCUGUGAUGUGUUGGUUCAUGCUGGUCAGACUGGUGUCAACAGGCAGGAGAGGUUUGACCUUUGACCUUCACCUGGGAAGGUUUUUACUCCUCAUUUUAUAUUUACACAUGUAUGCUUAUCUACUUUAUCUCUUAUUUAAUAUCACUAAACUCAAAUAUAUCUAUAUAUCCUCCUCACACUUCCUACAGUAAAGACACUCCACUCUUCACUGCACUACAGGCAGAUAACAUCCACCAGCCACGGGGCGAUGACAUCACUAACCUGACCUUUGACCUCUUACAGACGCAGGCUGCAUCUACAUGGAGAUGUUUUUUUUUAUUUUUUAACUUUAACUUUCAGUUUUGACCACAUGAAAAGGUUUAAAGUUGUGUCUCCAUGUGGACCGGUGUAGCCUCACUGGUAGGGCGGGCAGAUCUGUAAAUAUUUGCUGUCAGUCUCUCUCUGUGUUUCCUGUGUUUCUGUGUUUUUAUUCAUCUGAAGCUCCAGUCACGUGCAGAUGUUUCUGUCAAACAUCUGAUGAGUUUUAUAUUUUAUUCCUGUCAGGCACUAAAGCUUUUCCACUUCAUGUUUAAAUAAAAGUUUGAAUGUG